AAGCCAUCCCCGACCCCAAUCCAAAUCCCCCACCUACCCUCCACCUUCUACCACAUCGCCACCGGAGAAGCACCACAGGCCGCCGCCGCCCCACCCACCUUCUGCCGCCCUACCCCGCCCGCGUCCACCUUCUGCCGCGCCGCCAGAGCACCACCCCGGCCGCCGCCGUGCCCCGCCUAACCCCCGUCCACCUUCUUACAAAGCCGCCAUCGGAGCACCACUCCCAGGCCGCUGUCGCGCGCCUUCCUCUCGCGGCCAGGGCUCCUCGAGCCACCUUCCUCUCUACUCUCGCCACCGCAAGCUGCCCCACCACCUUCCUCUCUACAGCCGGCCGCCGCGAGCCAGCGUCGCUCCGCCGCCUCCAUCUCUGCGCACGGCCGCGGCAAGCCAGCACCACCGAACCACCUUCCUCUCCGUGCCUGACCGCCGUGAGCCGGUGCCAUCCCGCCAGCUUCUUCUCCGCGCCCAACUGCCUCGAGGUGUGCGACCCCGACCACGGACCCAUGGAUACCGUGUCAGAUCCGAGUUCCUCCCUCCCCUGAGCAACACCGCACCCACCUGAAUCACCGAGGACGAGCUCUCUCCUCCUCUUGGCGGUCUCCAUCCAGGGCCUCAUCUGCACCAUUCGUGGUGCUCCGGCGCCGCCCCAGCUCAUGCAGCUCGGUCGCGGCCCCCGUGCAGCUCGCCCGCGGCCCCCAUCUUUGUGCAGGUUCACCAGCCACCGCUUGCCUCUGCUGGCCUCCCUUGUCGUCAGCCAUGACGCCGCAACCACUGGCCUCGAGCAUCCUCUCCUCCCCAUCGAUUGUUUUUUGCUUUUUCAGAUUUCACUUGGGCACAUCGCUGCAGUUCUGUUGGGGCAUCGGUGCAGUGCGGCUGGAUGUCCAGUCCAUCGGUGAUCGUGCUUGCACUUUGGUGGCACGAGGCUCGUGGUCAGAUGUGCAGUGUAGUGCUAUUAGCCCUUCCGCACUGCAGUUCGCCGGCAGAUGUGUUGACCAUCCAAGAUCAACUGCACCCCAUCCCCCCGCCGGCGCCAUGCAGUCCAGUACGUGGGGGCACGCAGCACGCCCCACCGUUGCCUUGCAGUCCAAAGUCCGGAUUUCUUGCUGUUGCGUUGCGUGCAACGACAAGGAGAAGUCCGGAUUCAUCAGUCUCGUCUCCCGCUACCUGAGUGUGGCAGGGCGGCGGAUGCAGUGCGGCAGGGCGGCGCUUGCAGUGCGGCACUCACAGCCGAGCAGCAAACCCACUGAACCUAUCGAGUAGAUGAGGCCGAUGAAUCCCUGCAGAAAACGGAAGAUCCUAUCCAUCAGUUCUUGCAUCUUUGUCAUGUUUUUCUAGUGAUUGAUCUGAUGAUCCGUUGUGCAAGAUAGGCUGAAGGCCCAGCUUUCUUCGGUACGA